UGCGGACAGUUGUUGAAGCCAAACACGUGAAGACGCAGUGACCCUCAGGCCGCCGGAACAGGGCACUACCGACACCCCGAUGGCCGGAACUCUGGAUUUUAAGACUCAUGUAGAUCAAGCAUGUAGAGCUGCUGAGGAAUUUGUCAAUAUUUACUACGAGACAAUGGAUAAAAGAAGACAGGUAUUAACCAGACUGUAUCUGGACAAGGCCACUUUAAUCUGGAAUGGAAAUAUUGUUACAGGCCUGGAUGCCCUGUUGAAUUUUUUUGACAUGUUGCCUUCUAGUGAGUUCCAGAUCAAUGUGUUAGAUUGCCAACCAGUUCAUGAACAUGCUACUCAAGCCCAGACUACGGUCCUCGUUGUGACCAGUGGAAUCGUGAAGUUUGAUGGAAAUAAGCAGCAUUUCUUCAACCAGAAUUUCCUGCUAACUGCUCAGUCCUCGCCUGAGAGCACUGUGUGGAAAAUUGCAAGCGAUUGUUUCCGUUUUCAAGAUUGGUAUUGUAAUUAAAGUGGCAAAAGUCUAUUUUGCAUUGAUCCUUUAGUUCCAGCAACAAAUUUAUGUGAAUUAAUUUACUUUUGAAGACAUGAUAAGUUAGUAUGUGCUGAAACUAUUUGCUUUAAUUUUUUAUUCAAACAGCAACAUUGCUAGCUGCUUCAACUUGGAUAGUUGACCUUAAGAGCUUUGAGACUAGUUUUUUUAGCAUGUCUUGCAGUAUAUUGAAUGUGUGAUUUCUCCACUUAACUUACUACGAGCCCAACUUAAUGCAAAGGUGACAUCCUUUCAUAAUACUAUCUAUGGGAUAAUUAGCAGAAUAUAACCCUCUGGGAGUAAGUGGUAUUUUUUCUUAUAAGGUAAAUUUUAAAGUUAGGACAUAGACACAUAGACCUACUAUAGUAUACACUAGUUAAUACAGUCUUCAUUUGAGGUAUUUACAAGUCAGAUCAAGGAAAAUAUUACUUAUUUAGGAUUACUAACUAUUCUGACAUAAUAGAAUCAUGUAUAGAAAUGUUCAGCAGUCUUUGUAUAUGAAUUUUUAUGUCGGCAUGUUUUCUUAUAAAUUAAAUUAAUUACUAAGGGGGCUUAAAUGUUCUCUGAUGAUACUUGAGUACUUGAUAUAGUGGGCUUAAAAGAAGAAUUCCUAAAAAAGAUUUUUCUUGGCAGCCCCAUGUCUAUAAUUGUAAGGGAUAAAUGGAAGUAAGACUAAUAGCUUUAGUGGGAGAAUGAGGAGUGAGAAAUGUAGGGAUCUGAGCUCAAUCAAAUGUAAAGAGGAGUAGCCAAAAGGGCAAAGUUUGAUACUGUUUUUCUACCUCCUAAAAAUAUAGCCUAUUUUUUGAAAUUAACUAUGGUAAGUUCCUGCUAAUGAUCAUGCUUGUCCUUUUGUUAUAAGAAGAAAUUUUAAAGAUUUUUCUAAUUCAACUCAUACUUAAUGCCAAUGGAUUUCUCAAUUUAUUCAAUAACCCAGGAGUAAGAUAUAAGCAAUGAACCUGACCUUGCAGCAAUGCCUGAUAGGAAGGUUGAAAACAAAGCCAUUCAUAUCUCUUUGGGAUACCUUUCAUUUCUAAGUCUUCCAUGUGAACUUCAGGACAAAACUAUCCUGUGUAUACAUGCUCCCAGAACAUGUGAUUUAUUUUCUGUGUUUUACAUUGUUAAUUUUAUUAUAUUUUAAAUUGUUUAAUUUUAUGAUUUAUUUUUCUAUUUAUCAUCAAACAGAUUGUUUUAAAACAUGUUCCUGUUAUGUGAUACUUUGUUUUUAUAAAUAGAAAAUAGAGAAAAGUAGCGCUUCAUAAUCUCAAGGACCUGGAGGAAAAUUUGUCUCAAAAUUUAAAGAUAAAGUAGACCUAAUUGUGAUUUUUGCUUAAACUGAAACUUUUUGCCUGUCCUGAAUUUAUUGUUUUGAUUAUUUUUAACUUUACCUUGUCUCUAGAAAUUCAAAAUACUUAUCAUCAACUUGGAAACUUAAGUAGUUCAUUACUCUUGCCCUAAAGAAUACAUUGGAGAAAGAGUUGGAACUGAAAUUUAGAGCAUACCUCCUUGUACAUACAUAAAUUUCAACGUAAACUUUAGUUUCAGAUGAACCUUUUAAAACUACAGCAUGAGCAGCAAUAGAGUACCCAAAUACUGCCUUUCCCCCUGAGGAGAACAGUAUCAAGUAAAAGCUGCAUAUUAAAAAGCAAUAAUUGGGGCACCCGUGGCCUCAUGGGAUAGGGGGUGAAACCGGUCCAUCCUUCCCGCUGUGCCGAGACCACGAGUUGCCUCCCACGAGAGGCUCUCCGGCUCUGGAACGACUGUGAUCCCAGAGGCACACAAACCAAUCUCAGAACCCAGCAGCUUUGGGCAGAAAUCCCUCCAGACUUAAUUAGUAAAAUAUCAGAAAUCCAAAAUCAUAAUAGAGGCCACAAGACAUCAUGUGCACAGCGGGUAGGGCGUUCGCCUUACAAGCGGCCAACAUGGCCGACCCGAGUUCGAUUCCUCCGCCCCUCUCGGAGAGCCCGGCAAGCUACCGAGAGUAUUGGAUAUGCCAGACACAGUAACAACAAAGUCUCCAAUGGAGACGUUACUGGGCCCGCUCGAGCAUAAUCUGCAAUAGAAAACAAAUUAUCUAACCAUGCCUUUUCAGCAGGUCUGAUUGUUGGGGGGGAAAUUCCAAAUAAUAAUGGUGCAUCUUUUGUCAAAAUAAUGAAUGUAAUCAAAGUAUAGAGAGAGAGUUAAGUGAAAAUGAUCUGCCUCACAGACAGGGGGAAGGGUGGAUGGGAGUAUACUGGGGUUCUGGUGGGAAAUGUGCACUGGUGAAGGGAUGGGUGUUUGAUCAUUGUAUGACUGUGACUUAAACCUGAAAGCUUUGUAAUUGUUCUCACGGUGAUUCAGUAAAUAAAUAAUAACAAAAAAAGCAAUAAUUGAAUUCAAGUGGUUAUAUACUACUCACCAGCCAUAUAUUUUGGGGCUUGUGUAUGAAUUGCUUAUCUGAUCUCUGUAUAAUAACUUUCAAAUGACUGGAACUGCUCUUCUAUGGACUAGACUGUAUUUUUGACAUGCUCCUAUUUUUGUAAUUUGAAAAGCUGAAAAUAAAAUUUGCCUUGUGA